UUAAUAUUGACUCGCCCAAUCUUUGCCUAGAUGAAAAAACACAACCACUAAAAAGAGAUAAUAAAUUGUACCGAGCUUGGCAAAUUAUAACAGCAGAGAAAGAAGAAGAGGCAAAACAACAAGAUCAGAAUCAUGACAGCAUCAGAAAACUUUGCUCAUCUGGGUUCCAUGGUUGGUGGCUUUAUGUUCGUCUGGGCUAUUUUCAGACAGUUCUUUCCUCGUCAGCUUGAAAAGUACAUCGAGAAGCAUUUCAAGAGACUAUUGAGGGUUCUUCACCCUUACAUCCAAAUCUCGUUCAAUGAAACCACUGGAGAGCGUCUCAAGCGAAGUGAAAUUUACACUGCCAUCGAGAACUAUCUGAGCUCCAAUUCCUCUGCUCAAGCAAAGCGGCUGAAGGCUGACAUGGUCAAGAACAACCAGUCCCUUGUUCUUAGUAUGGAUGACUAUGAAGAGGUUACUGAUGAGUACAACGGAAUCAAGCUAUGGUGGACUUCUGGGAAACACUCUAUAGAAGGCAGUGGCACCACCGUCGAGAAUAGGUACUACAAGCUCAAUUUCCAUAAAAGACAUAGGGAUCUCAUUGUUGGGCCAUACUUGCAACAUGUCUUGAAAGAGGGAAAAGCAAUCAAUGUGAAAAACCGGCAGCGAAAGCUUUACACCAACAAUGGGUUUUGGUGGAACCAUGUAGUGUUUGAGCACCCAGCAACAUUCCGGACACUGGCAAUGGAGUCGGAGAAGAAGAAAGAAAUCAUUGAUGAUUUGAUCACAUUCAGCCAGUCAGAAGACUUUUAUGCUAGCAUUGGAAGGGCUUGGAAGCGAGGGUAUCUGCUCUAUGGCCCUCCAGGAACCGGCAAAUCCACUAUGAUUGCUGCCAUGGCCAAUCUGCUACACUAUGAUAUAUAUGAUCUUGAAUUAACUGCAGUGAAGAGCAACAGGGAUCUGAGAAGGCUCUUGAUCGAAACGUCAAGCAAAUCUAUCAUUGUGAUUGAGGACAUUGAUUGCUCACUGGAUUUAACUGGACAGAGAAGGAAGAAGGAGAAAAGGGGAGAGAAAGAAAUUAUCAAGCCAGAUAAAAAAACAGCAGAAGAAGAUGGAGAUUCCAAAGCCUGCAGCGAGGUUACUCUUUCUGGGCUUCUGAAUUUCAUUGACGGGCUUUGGUCCGCAUGUGGUGGAGAAAGGCUUAUUGUGUUUACCACCAACUAUGUGGAGAAACUCGAUCCGGCUCUAAUUCGCAAAGGGCGGAUGGAUAAGCACAUAGAGCUAUCAUUUUGUAACUUUGAGGCUUUCAAGGUGCUGGCUAAGAAUUAUCUUAAGCUUGAAUCGCACCCUUUGUUCCCCACGGUGAGUAAGUUGUUGGAGGAGACCAACAUCACCCCUGCUGAUGUUGCAGAGCAUCUGAUGCCAAAGACACUUCCUGGAGAUGCUGAAACCUCACUGAAAGUUCUAAUCCAAGCGCUUGAACAGGCUAAAGAGGAACAAAAGCUGAAAGCUACUGAGGAAUAUGACAAAGAGAACAAAUCACCAGACGAAUAAGAAGCAAAAGAGUAGAAGUUGGAGAAAACAAGGUGGAGAAAUUCUUCAGCUACACGAAAUGCAGAGAAACGUAGCCAAAAAACCAGGACAAGGAAUGUAAAAUGAGUGGCACUGGUUUUUAUUUGGUAGAGAUUUUAGAUUCAGUAAUAAAAUCUGCUUUUGUGAGAAAAAAAAAAAAAAAAAAAAGUUGUAAAAGAACACUGAACCAAUCUUAUGAGCAACUUAAAUUAAAUUGUUCCACUUUGAAUCUUAAA